AUGACGAUCCAGGAACCUUACGAUCUUUCUAGCCUGACUACGAAAACCGUGGAAUCAAUUGGUGCAUACCAAACGGCCAAAACUGAACAGGCACGGCUUGACGCCAUUGAAAGUACUACAAGACUCCUUCGAACUCUUGAAAACCCUGCAGAUGCAGUCUACAAACUGUUCGCUUCGCCUGCUGUUCCCAUGGCCGUCAAGACCGCCCACGACCUGGGUGUCUUCGCGCGGCUAUCCCAAACCACAUCUUUUGUCACCUGCAAAGAGCUGGCUGCAGAGAAAAGCGCCGACAUCCAGCUUGUAGAGCGCAUCAUGCGAGUUCUUGUUUGCAACGGUUUCGCCCGUGAACUGAAUCCCGGUCAAUAUCAGCCAACUGUCUUGUCAAGGCAAAUGACGGAGAGGAAAACGAUUGGGACAAUGGACUCUCUUUUCAUCGACUUUUUACCAAUCAUUCACAAGACACCAGAAUUCCUACAAAAGUCCGGGUACAGAAAUCCAGGGGAUCCUAAGGAUGGGCCAUUCCAACAUGCCUAUAAUACCACUGGUUCCUGUUGGGACUGGCUGGCUCAAAACACGGAUGCACUAGACCGCUUCAAUACUUUCAUGGAGGGCGGUCGAGACGAGACUGCCCACUGGGCUCAAUGGUUUCCCGUUCAGAAGCAGUUACUGGAUGGAGCGUUGGCUGAUCGUCCGCUGCUUGUUGACGUCGGUGGGGGCCGUGGUCAUGAUCUUGUCGAAUUCAAGGAGAGAUUCCCAUUGGGACCUGGACGGCUUGUACUUGAGGACUUGCCCUCGGUUAUUGAGGACAUUCAACACCUCGACCGCGACAUUCAGCGAGUCAAACAUGACUUUUUCCAGCCUCAGCCUGUCAAAGGGGCUCGUGCAUACUACUUCAAACACAUCAUGCACGACUGGUCCGAUGACCAUUGCCGGACCAUUUUGAACCAUACUAUCGCUAGUAUGGAGAAGGGAUAUUCCAAACUCUUGAUCGAGGAUUACGUCAUUCCCGACCAAAAUGCCGGACAAAAGGAGACCUUGACCGAUAUAAUUGUCAUGGCAUGGUGCCCAGGAAUUGAACGGACUCGCCAGGGAUGGAUAGAUCUUCUGCAGUCAGUCGGAUUAGUGGCCAAGAACUUCUGGCUGCCUCAUGGGCAAACUAAGGGAAUUAUCGAAGCCGAACUGCAGUAG